UUGUUGUUUGAAACUAUCCUAGAUCGAAGCACUCGAACUCUUGUGUCUUCUGUAUUACUUACUGUGUUCUGCCUUUUGAUAAGAUUGAGUGAGUCAGCGAAGGGCAAGCGUAUGUUAGCAAAGCAAAAGCAAAAAAAACAACAACUAUACUAUAAACUAUAUAGGACUCAGAUGAUAGAAAGAUGAAAGUGGUGCACAUUCGGUGCCCUUUUGCCCCCUGUUCUAUUUUGUACCUUCCACAACCACACGCCCUUCUGACCAAGGAGAACCGAUGAAACCAUGCAUCACAUCAGCAAUCCAGCAUCACAAAACACAUAAUCGAACGGAGGAUUGCGCGCCAUUCCUCUUGAUGUGCCUUCUAAAUAGCAUUCGAGCGUCAGACUACGCGGACCGCACGGAACAAGCGACGAACCUUUUUAAACCAAACCGAGACAAGACAAGACAGAGUGGAGGAGAGAAAGAAAGUGAGGCGGCGUUGGUGGCAAAAGCAAUGUUAAAUGGUUUCCUGAGCAUAGCUGCACACUCCUUCAACUGUAGGAUGCCGGAGGGCGUUGAAAUCAUUGUUCAUGGUGCAAGGAGUCCGUGGUACGAAAAAGAAAAACAACGCUCACAUAUUCAAAUCAAUGUUAGGUUUUGCUCACCCAUGCUUAACGCUAUCAAGGCACCCAUCUCACAAGGGUUCGCCGCCGACGGUUGCGUGAGUUGGUGGCUCCUGGCAGUUGUACUUUAACGGGAAACACGAGACGUAAACUAUCCUAAAUGCGUGUAAAACAUAUAAAUUCUAGGCUCGCUUUCCGACAAGGAAACAAAAAAGGAAGGCGCGCAGAACUGCAAUGUGUACAUAAUGAUAUCACUUAACGCGUUGUAAUAGGGGAAGUAGGCGGCAGAAAAUCUAAGAUAUGGCAGAUAAACAAACACACACACACACACACAAGCAAACAUAAUCUGCUUAUCAGAGAGAAGAUGCGUACACAAUUAAAACAUAUCUUUUAUCGGGAGGCGAUUGGUGGAAUAUAAACGCAAAACAAUGAAUAACACUUUAAGAAAGACAAACCAUACUCCUCCUUGUGCGAAGCGUCCGUUCCGCGGCUUUUUUUAUAUACUGCUGGGCGAAACACGAAGGAGCUCCACGUUUUUUUUAUAUUUUAAACAAUUCAAAUCAUUCCACUGUAUUACGAAAAGGGAAGAUGGGGAACGAGCAGGCAAGGAGCAUCCAUUUUGUACAGUUGUUUAGUUACGGAACGAAUGGAAACCAAUUGCAAUAUUAGACGAGGGCCCCGUCGUCGUCAUACAAUCGUGCAAAAGCCAAACUGUAAGGCACAAAACUAAAGUAACUUGCUACAAGAACAACAAUAACAACAACGGCAACAGUGAACCGAGGGAAGAUAGAAACAGCAACAAAUAAAGCAAAAUAAGUAAAUAACCGGUUGUUUUUAU